UCGAUUACAACCAUCACUACAGUCACUGUCGAAAUGCUUAUCUUUCUCCAUUUGUUCACUUUUAUCAUCCUUGCCACCGGCAGUGUUGUUUCUAAUCAGCAAUUUAAGAAAUUUCUUUGGGAUGAAACACAAGCCAAAUCCAAAGGCGACUCUUACCCUAAACCUGUCACUCAUCGCCGAGGCUUCAAUAUCGGAGGCAGUUACAACGGUGCUAGCCACAACUGGCAAGCAGGCGUGGGACUAGACCACAAAUCGGGAGGCAACACGUACGGUCUUGGCGCCAAUUACAACAGCGCAGGCGGAGGAUUGAACAUCGGAGCAAACGCCAACUUUCACAACAACGUCAAUGUGGGAGCCGGAUACAACACCGGCAGCAAAGCAUUCGGAGCUAGUGUUGGCAUAAACUUUCGGAGAAGACUGUCUCCAACAACAAAACGUUACGAUAACACCGAAGCGUGCGUAGGAAGAAUGAUUUUGCAAGAGGACAUUCAGCGUCUUCACAAGACCGUGGGGUCUCGUCACGUUGAGCUUUUAAAAGUCAACCUUUCGGACAGUGUCGAUCUCAAAACCUAUUCGGCUGAAGAUCUUGUACAAGACCUGAAAUUUCUGCAGAAGAAAGUAGCUGAAUUGUUUCCACAAAUCUGCAAUUUUAUACUGAAGUUGACAGAAGAUGCAUCUUGUACUCCAUUGGCAAGUGACGAACCGUCCGAAAUAAAUAAAGAAAUCCCUUGGUCGUCCAGCGACUGGACCGAUCUCAAGUUAUUUACGGCAAAGUUGAUCUACGGAGAGAAGACGGUGAAGAAUUUCCUAAUGAUGGAGAAGCGCAAACGCUGACUGUAGUUGAUGCGAUGCCUAGGCGUUUGACUUGUUGUACGUCUUUGUUGUUUCGUUGCAUGCAUGCCUGGCUUACUGCUCGCGUUAUUGCAGAUAGUGACUCUUCAAAAUAGAUAGAAAAA